AUGGAGAAGCUGUCGGCGAGCCUGUCGGAGAUCACUUGGAGCCCGUUGGCGCUGCCGUUGGACGCGGUGGUCAGCAAGUUCCGUCUGCCCACUCUGGUCCGCUUGGCCCACGGUGAAUGUGUGGAGGGUCUGUCAGAGGAGGAUGUGGUGCUCUUACACUCCUGCCGUCAGUGGACCACAGUGACGGCCCACAGCUUAGAGGAGGGACACUACGUAAUUGGACCCAAGAUUGACAUCCCUCUGCAGUACCAGGGAAAGUUCAAGCUGCUGGAUGAAGACCGGGACGUCAGGGACCCUGUCCAGUAUUUCUCCAGUGUGGAGGAAGUUGCUGGAGUCUUCCCUGACCGGGUCUUUGUCAUGGAGAUGAUCACUUUCAGUGUCAAGGUGGUUUCAGGGGAGUUCAGUGAGGACAGUGAGCCCUACAGCUUCACUCUGCAGGCUGGAGAUGAGCUGUCACUGAUGGGGAAGGCGGAGCUUCUCUGUGCCACACCCUCUAAGGAAAAGACAGGACUGAGUGCACUUCUGAGACGCCUGGGAAAAACCCCUAGAAGUAAAACUCCCUGUCUGGUCUGUAUGAACCAUCGCACCAAUCAGAGUGUCAGCCUACCCUUUGGCUGCCGUGGACGCUUUUGCACACGCUCCCCCCUGGAGCAAGGCAUGCUGGGAGGGGAGCACACGGUGCGCAGCAUUAUUGAGAGAGUUCGCCUCCCUGUCAAUGUGUCUGUACCAUCACGGCCACCACGAAACCCCUACGACCGCCAUGCGGUGCGAGAGGGCCACCGCUACAAGCUGCUCAACAUCGUCAGCAAAACGGUGGUGCUCUGCAUGGUGCUCCGCCGACAAGAGGUCUCCCCCUCCCACUUCUUGCUGCUGCGUUGCAUGCCCCGGUUUAAUGUGGCCGAGGCCUCCGUCCACACAGCAGCGCUGGAGAGCCUUCUGCUGCGACAUGCAUUCGACCCAGACGCCUACUCCCGUGCUGUUAGAGAAACCCGUCCGGAGUUGGAGUGCAUGACAGAGGAGUGUGUGAGCCCACGGCGCUCUCGCAUGUGUGUGUCAGGUCAGGACUCGCUGGCACCGGCACUGCAGCGCCUGUCAAUGUGCGGGUAUGUUGGUGGGGUUUCAGACAGCAUGUCACAGCGCUGCAGGGACUCUCUUGGAGAACGGCUGGGGGAGGGACCAGGUGAGGAGAGGGAGUAUGUGACUCCUGAGUGGACUGAGGCUGAACUGAGGACCAGUGAGGAAAUCCCUUAUGAGGAACUCUGGACCAAUCAGAAUGCAGAGGGCUUGGGAAAGGAGCCAAACCUCAUAUCCUUCCAUUCGUCUUCCUCAUUGGACGGUUCUGUUGGUACUGUGGUGGCAAGAGUGUCUACCCCACCACCUGUACCUCCCAAAUCUGAUGCUGUGAGAGAGGAGUGUCGUUACUUGAUCGCCCCUCCAGUUCCUCCUCGCUGCUCUAAAGGAGGCUCCAUCUGCAGUCCAGCUCCCAGUCCUCCAGUUCCGCCUCGCUUCCCCAAAACCUCCACCUCCCCGAGACCAAACCUCUCCUUCUACUCGUCUGGACUGCAGGACAGCUGCUCCCCCUCUCCGGAUGCCUCCCUGUACUGUUACCCGUGCUCCUGGGCAGACUGUCCUGCUCCUAACCCCACCAGUCCUGAGCCAGCCUCCGCCAUCCCUGCAGACACCACAGCCCCUCCUCAGCCUGCACAGGCCACCUGGGCAGAGCCGUGGGCAGAAUCCUUCACUUCCUCUGGACCUAGACUCAGGCCGCCACCUCCGCAGAGUCGGUUCGCUCCCUUCGGUGCGUUGAACCCCUUCAACCGUCAGUCCCCUUGCCCUUCGCCUGAGCCUGCUGCCAAUCCCACCACAGAUUCUUCCAGAGGUGCAGAGGGCGGUGGCUCAUCUACAGGGGGCAGUGAGGGCUUGUCCCCACCCCCUGACCCCACCUGGCGGCCUCCUUCUGACCUCUCUGCACUAUCGUUGGAGGAGGUGUCGGCCUGCCUACGAUUCAUUGGCCUAUCAGAGGCAGCGGUGGCCGUGUUCCAGAGGGAGCGAAUCGAUGGCAGCCUCCUGGUGCAGCUCACUGAGGACAUCCUGUCACAUGACUUUCACCUGAGCCGACUCCACGUGACCAAGAUCACGCAAUUCAUACAGGGCUGGAGGCCCAAAAUCUAACACACACACUGUCCUGAUAAUGUGCCUGUUGGCUGCUGAGCCCUCCUGAAUGUGCCUUCCACUGUGACAACUGGCUGCUGAGCCCCACUGACUGCAGCUGAAGGAACCACGCCACACUGUGGUCAAACUGUAGAACUGACACUUGACUGGCGUUCACGCUGAGUCUCUGACAGACUGACUGCAUAUGUCCUGUCUGAAUCACAGACUGGGACUAGUUUACUAACAAAUAGCUUCAACAGAGAGCUACAUGAUGACAGUGCCCUGUUUUGAUUUGUCUUUGGGCAAAGAGCCAACCACAGUCAUGCUACACAGACAGAAGGCAGAAAGGUUCCAGACACUGUGGAUUUGUGUGGCCUUUCUGCUGUGGUUCCACGUAUAAUGUGACACGAGAGGAAAACUUUCCAUCAUUUAAAAUAUUUUGACAGAUGAACAAAAUUUCUGCAGUUUUUAGAUAUCGUAUUAUUUACACCACAGUAGGUGUUGGAUGAACUUCAAUUGAAGGUACAUUAAGAAACCCACAGCCUCUAUGGUUGACCAGUACGACACGUUAUAACACAGAUGGAACACUGAACCUGUCCCCUGCACAGGUCUGUUGCACAACCUUCUUCAUCAGUCACAUCCGGCUUCAGUGGCAGGUAAUUGGUACAAAUAACAAAAUGAGAGAUUCUUAGGAGAUAAGAAAGAGCUCGAUGUUUAAGACUGAAUAAAAAAAAGAAAGUACGAAAUUCAGAAAUCUCAGCACUCAGUGAAGUUAUUACUGAGGUUUUGGUCCUGAUCAAUGAUUCGAUGAACAAUUUCUGAAUACACACUAUUCUGUAUUUAGGCCGUUUUGUGCUUUGGGGCAGUGGCACUUUUAUUAGCGUUCCCUUUAAGGGUAACACAAGAGUUCCUUGUGUCUGUAGUCAUACACACAGUUAUGUUGCCAUACUGUAAGACAAUAUUCAACUCCCUCAGAAGUACCGUUCUCAAACCUCAGAUUGCUUGUCCACAUAUGCACGAUUUAGCCAUGCAUCAUAAUAAAUGUCAUCAUACUGCAUAAUAUGUUCACAUAAGUAUUGUUUUUAAUUCAUUACACACCAAAAAAGAUCCAAACUCCCAUAACAGGUCAUACAAUUAUAAAAAAUGGAAAUGUUUUCACUAAUUACAGAGACCAAAUGAUUAGUUGACUAAUUGAAAAAAUAAUCAACAAUCAAAUUAUUAAUAAAAACUAGAUCAAAGUGUUACCCAAAAUAGUCAAGAAGUGAGAACAUACACAAAACCAGAGCCUGUUUCCUUAGAGAGCAACAAAAUAAUGAGAAGGACUGAAAACUGUUGGUUCUAAAUAUUCUCAGACAGAGGGACAAAUGUUUUUCUUUGGCUGUUCAAAUGAAAUGGAGCCCUGCUCUCUGAAUUCAUGCAUGUCCUGUAUAAUUAGGAGGGUAUCUACUUCUAGGUAGUGGUGAUAGUAAUGUUAUAUAACCAGGGACCGUAGCUUUAGCUACACUGAGGGUUAUUUCUGCAACAAAGAUCUUCCAAACAACUGUGAAAAUGCAAUUUAUGUUGUUGUAAACUUGUUUAUUAACACUUGUGAUUCUCUUGUUGCCAUACAAGCUGCUGUUCUCUCAUAAUGUCUGACAUAAUCUUCUUUAAAUUCCAUUAGAUUCCCAUAAAUUUGAUGGGCUGCAGCCAAGUGAAAAGCUGCCUACUGAUGCCAGGUUUCUGAGAACUCGUUCUCAUGAUACGUCAGAAACCCCAUGGUCUACGACACCCACGUAAUACUGAUGUACUCUCUGUAAUCAUGUAACUGCAAGGCCACUCUAAGAAGAGCAAUGAAGAAAUAAAUGAGAGAUUGCAAAAUAAACAGAAACUAAAUGA